ACGCGGCGGAGGUGGUAGGGUCAUGGGGGAGACACUGGGCAGUCUUUCCGCGCCAGCGCCCUCGUACUUUGCCUUCUAGAGUUUUUAGCCUGGUCGUUCCGCAUCCCCAGAGGCCGCAGCUGAGAACGGACGAGCCCGCUUCGCGCCCCCAGACUUCCUCUGUGUGGGUCGGUGUGGCCCUGAUGGUGCGGCAGGCUCUGGCCGCCUAAAGCUCCGGAGCGGCUGACUUUUCCAGAUAGAAACAGAGAUAGGAAGAGACAUCAUAGCAUUGAAGAUUCCCCUGUGCAGGGGCCCCUAGGCUAUAGAAGAUGAAUUCUUCCUCCUCCACCAUGAGUGAAGAACCUGAUGCUCUCUCUGUGGUGAACCAGCUCCGGGAUCUAGCCGCAGACCCACUUAAUAGAAGGGCCAUUGUCCAGGAUCAAGGAUGCCUGCCUGGCCUUAUUUUGUUCAUGGACCAUCCUAACCCCCCUGUGGUUCAUUCAGCUCUGCUUGCACUUCGAUAUUUGGCAGAAUGCCGUGCUAACAGAGAAAAGAUGAAAGGAGAGCUGGGUAUGAUGCUAAGCUUGCAAAAUGUCAUUCAGAAGACUACAACUCCAGGGGAAACAAAACUGCUGGCCUCUGAAAUCUAUGACAUUCUUCAGUCUUCCGGCGUGGCAGAUGGGGAUAGCUUCAAUGAAAUGAAUUCGCGCCGAAGGAAAGCCCAGUUCUUCCUGGGAACGACAAACAAGCGCGCCAGAACGGUGGUGCUGCAUGUAGACGGCCUCGACGACACAUCUCGAAGAAAUCUAUGUGAAGAAGCAUUGUUAAAAAUUAAAGGUGUGAUUAGCUUUACUUUUCAAAUGGCAGUUCAAAGAUGUGUGGUACGAAUCCGCUCAGAUUUGAAAGCAGAGGCUUUGGCAUCAGCGAUAGCAUCAACGAAAGUUAUGAAGGCUCAACAAGUUGUGAAAAGUGAAAAUGGAGAAGAGAUGCUGGUCCCAUUCCAAGAUACACCCGUUGAAGUGGAGCAGAACACAGAGCUACCUGACUACCUGCCUGAGGAUGAAAGUCCCACGAAGGAGCAGGACAAAGCAGUGUCUCGAGUUGGCUCACACCCAGAGGGUGGAGCUAGCUGGCUGAGUACAGCUGCAAACUUUUUAUCCAGAUCAUUUUACUGGUGACUUCAAUUGGGGGCCCAAGGACUGUGUGAACCAACAAGGGGCCAGUUUUCCAUUGUUGUGGUGAACUGUCAAGUGCAAUUUGCAAUAAGUUAUCAUGAAAAGUUUUUAGAUUACAUGAUUGUGUAUGCUGCAUUUUACAUGUACAUUUCUUUGGACGUUUUACCCCACUAAGCUGUAGAAAGGACAGCAGAGGCUGCAGAUCGACUUUGUUUAUGAAGGUAUUUGGUUUUGUUUUCCUUUGUCUAGUCGCCUCACUUUUAUGAAAACAUGGGUCCAUCACUAAACCAAACCAUGUACAGCUUUACAUUUUAAUUGACUUGAAGCACGUGAUUAGGAAAUCUUUUUUUCUUCUCAAGCCUCAGGACCUAUCUGAAGAGAACUUUUUUUAAGCUCAAGUUGUGCAUGAAUUACCGGAAAUCUUUCUCUGCUUUUCUUCAUGGAAGAUACUUGCUUUGGUACUUUUCACUGACAGUUAAAAACAUUUCUCAUGUUAACCCCCUUUUGUGCCUUUUUUUAAUUUUGCCAACCAUGUUUCUAGAAAGUAUAUUCAUUACUGACAUUUUUAUGAAUAAAGAUUUAGUCAUUUGAAUGUGACAGUCCCCUAAAAAUAAACUCAGCCAAAACUUUCCAACCCUAUUGGUUAGCAUUUUAAUAGAAGUAAUGCAGAAUCAGUAAUGAAGAAGGAAACGUGUAUCUUCAUAGUGCUACUGGAGACUAUAUGAAUGUGAGCGAUUGUGGCUCUAGGUGAUGCUUGCUCAGUUUAUUUUUAACCAGCUCUUAAGAGUUGUGUCUGUCCUAAUACUGGGAACAACUGUAAAUGGUCUCUAGGCCCUACUAUGUGCUUAUACACUGUUCCCUGGGGAGAAAAAAAAAAAAAGAACUGACACACUUGAAAAAAGAAAACAAAAAUGAAAUGCCCAUAAUGCCAUAGUGCCAUCAGGUAGAGUCCGACCUUGACCAGCUGGGCAGACACCUAUCUGUUAGGUGUUUCUUUGCCUUGCCCUUCAUGAAUUUGUUACAAACACGUGGCCAUACUGAGUGAAAAAUAAAGGCUUAAAUUAUUGCUUAUAGAGAAAAAAAUAAAGCCAGCAUUGUUCUCCUUAAUCUUGUUUUUUAUAUCCAGCCAAAAAAGGAAAAAGAACUUCAGUGAAGGUAAGAUAAGUAAUAUAAGUAUAUAUACACCUAUAUAUAUUUUUUGGGUAGGUAAGAGCAAAUUAUGUAUAUAUAGAUAUACAUAUAUGUAAUGCUUUAUUAAACUAAUUCCUGAAGUAUUUGGCAACUAAAAUUUUCUUUUUAUAAAUCCAGAUAAAUUUUAAUGCUAAUACAACCGAAAAAUAAUAGAAGUUAAAAUCUUCUCAUCAAUAUGCAGAGCUGCUGUUUUACUACUUGGGGAAUGUGAAGGGAUGAUUGAACCCUGGAGGGUGGGUUUCCUUGCAUUUUCAUUGCUUCUCUUUUAGAGAAAAUUAAAAGCUUCCAGUAUCACUGGAGAAAAACUAUGUGAAAUACCAUCACCAUUGAGACUCUUGAAGUCACGAACUGUGUGACCUUCUAGAGAGAGGGAUAUGAAGCGGUCUAAGAACGAUAGUUCUUCAAGUAUCUGGGUUCUGCUUUUAUGACACGCACAGGUGAGAAUCUAAGCUUGCAGGCAUGUACAGCUUUGAGUGUGCAUUAUCGCUUUGCUGUCAGAACCAGAUGGAUGUGUGGAAAGAAGACGACAAAACCACCUCCUUCGAUAGCCAUCAAGACAAAGUUUACUUUCUGUUUGGACAGGGUUGUUGUAGUUUGCAUUGCCACACAUCUGUAUUAUUAUUUUUUUAACUACAUCCCCUUUGAUAGUAAUGGUUCAGGACAAAUUGGUGUUACAGCUUGAUGUUUGUGUGUUAUAAUUCUUAAUAUUCUUUUAUUCCAGGUCUUAGAGAGCAGUUUAGGCAACUGUAAUGGCAUUUUUUGAAAUAUAUUGUAAAAUAAAAAAAAAAAGAUAAUUAAAGUUGCAUGAGCGUUG